CAAAAGGAACAGUCAUGGUUGACAGCAAUGUCUUUCAAGUCUGGGAUUAUGUGGUUUUUGCUGCUAUGGUGCUUGUUUCUGCAGCAAUUGGAUUGUUUUGUGCUUUUAAAGACAGAAGGUCUGGGCAAGAAUCAACUGAAGAGUUUCUAGUGGGAAACAGACAGAUCUCUGCAUACCCAAUUGCUCUUUCAUUGGCUUCAAGUUUUUUGUCUGGUAUAACAGUGAUUGGAAAUCCAGUGGAAGUAUACAACUUUGGGAUGAUGUUCCUGAUGUUUGGUGUCACUUGGUUGAUUACAAUGAUAGUCACUACUCUGAUCUACAUUCCAUUGUUCUACAGACUAAACUUAAUUAGCACUUAUGAGUACCUUAAUAGAAGAUUUGGUCAGAUGGUGAGAUAUCAAGUUGUUUGUUGCUUCAUGAUAUAUAUGUUCUUUUAUCUUGGCAUUGUCACGUAUGCACCAUCAUUAGCACUAAGCCAGGUUACUGGAAUAAAUUUGUGGAUUUCCAUCGUAACUACUGCAUCUGUGUGCACACUCUAUACAGCACUAGGUGGUAUCAAAGCUGUUGUGUGGACAGAUGUUUUCCAGCUGUGCAUCAUGAUUAUUGGUCUUCUGACAGUCCUGAUUCAGGGAUCAAUUCACUUUGGUGGGUUUGAAAAAAUUUGGAAUAUUGCUGAGAAUGGCGGCCGCAUUAACUUUUUGGACUUUGACCCUGAUCCAAGGCGAAGGCACACUUUUUGGACUAUAAUUGUUGGAGGCACUUUUGGAUGGACCGCAACAUAUAGUUGUAAUCAAGCCCAAGUACAAAGAUACCUCGCCUGUAAGAGUGAAAAAGAAGCAAAGAAAGCUGUAUUUCUGAACUGGAUUGGUAUGAUUAUUGUUCUUACAACAGCCUGCCUGUGUGGUUUAGUUAUGUAUGCUGUUUAUGAGACAUGUGAUCCAAUAAAGGCAAACAAAAUUAGUAACAACAACCAGAUGAUGCCGUUACUGGUUGUGGAAAUUUUGGACGAGGUUCCUGGAGUAGCUGGACUCUUUGUUGCCAGUGCAUUCAGUGGUACAUUGAGCACAAUCUCCUCCGGUAUCAGUGCAAUGGCUGCAAUCUUUGUGGAAGAUUUUAUAAAUCCUUUGUGGAAACCCUGGAAAAAGUUUUCUAAUGGAAAGAAGACUCUGGUCUCAAAGCUCCUAGCUAUGAUAUUUGGACUUACAACAAUAGGCCUGGCUGGGGUAGCUUCCCUGUUACAGGGCAAUAUAAUUCAGGCAUCUCUAAGUGUAGCAGGGAUAAUUCAAGGUCCCAUUCUGGGUGUAUUCACUUUAGCAGCCUUGUUUCCGAAGAGCAAUGAGAAGGGUGCAUUUGUAGGUUUGUUUGCUGGAUUGUCACUUUCGAUGUGGCUAGGAAUUGCUGCUCAGAUCUAUCCACCAACUGAUAAAUUCACGGGAUUACUUCCAACAUCAGUAUCAGGCUGUCCACUGUCAAACUUCACCACCUCAACUCCAAUGAAUGGAACAACGCUGAUAACAACCAUUAUGUCUCCAAUUCAAGAAAGGCCCAGCAUAGCAGAAGAUUUCUACUCCUUAUCCUAUCUCUAUUACAGCCCAAUCGCUUGUCUGAGCACUGUAUUGGUUGGAUUAACAAUUAGUUUAUUCACUGGUGGAAAUGAAGUGGUGGAUCCUGCACUGAUUGCUCCUGUCGUUCACACCUUUCAUAAAUCCGUCUUCAGGAUUAAACAACAUCUUCAAAAACCAAAAACUAAUAACAAGUCAGAAAGCCACUACCCAGUGUUCAAGGAAAAUCUUACAAGCUGUGAGAAAACAACACAAUUUUAAAACCUUCAAAAUCAACUGGGAUGUAAGAUAUUGAAGUUGUGGGUAAUUAGCAAUUAGUUUUUCAAUGAAAUGCUUCUGGAUUUCUACAGGAUGAGUAAAUAAAGCAAUCAGAUUUCAGAAAAUUAUCUGAUGUUAUUUCUUUCAUUGUUACGUAAAUAGGUUCUUUUUAUUUUCUCCAAUUACCACAUAUUGGCUUAGAAAUUUAGACUCAAAGUGCAUUAAAAUUGGUUACAUUUGUGUGUAGAAUUGAUUGUGACGAUUUCCGGUUUAAUUCUGCAUCCCUGGAAUCUAAAUUGCAUUUUCCCAUUUCCCAAUUGUAAAACCCCCUCUUCCAUCUGGUGUGAUUUUUCUAUCAAACGUUUCGUCCCAACAGUUAUCCACCAGAUCUGCAGAUGCUGGAAAUCCAAGCAAUACACACACAUUCAUGGAAGCCCCGAUGAAGGGUUUCAGCCCGAAACAUUGACUGUUUACUCUUUUCCAUAAAUGCUGCCUGGCCUGCUGAGUUCCUCCAGCAUUUCGUGUGUGUUGCUUAGUUAUCCAGCAUUAUCCCUCUACCCCUAAAGCCAUUACGGAAACUCCCCAUCAGUCUGAUACCGACUCCCUCAAUUAACCCAAACCCUGACUCCCCAUCAAUCUGAUACCGACUCCCUCAAUUAACCCAAACCCUGACUCCCCAUCAGUCUGAUACUGACUCCCUCAAUUAACCCAAACCCUGACUCCCCAUCAGUCUGAUACCGACUCCCUCAAUUAACCCAAACCCUGACUCCCCAUCAGUCUGAUACCGACUCCCUCAAUGAACCCAAACCCUGACUCCCCAUCAGUCUGAU